AUGGACGUAAAAGUUAACGAUAAAACAUUUAAAUGUCAUUUGUAUUUGGGUAGUCAAUGUUCUCUUAUGAGAGAAACUGAUGCUAAGUUACUAGAUGUGAACAUGAUUAAAAACGCGGAGUUGCCUAACUUAAGGGGUAUUGGUGCAAAUCUUGUUCGACCACUGGGAUUGAUAAUAGCUACCGUGGAAGUGCAGGAUAUCAAAGAAGUUGUCGACAUAUAUGUGGUACAAGAUUACAUUUUGAGGUAUCCAUUGUUACUGGGUCAUUCUUUCUCUGAGAAACUGGACAUAGUGAUUACAAAAACUCCAGAUAAGAUUAUAUUUCAGAAAAUCCAACAUCAAAAGGUUCAUUUGAUUUCGCAGAACAGAUUAAUAAUUCCCAUUAACAGCUUACUUCACUGCGAAUCGUUGAACAAAGGAUACGCUUAUGUAAGUGGGUCGACUUGA